GAAUUUCUCCAGAAAUAGAAAGAAAGGAAGUGGUGAGGCUGACUGGCUGCAACUUUUCUGAGAAGAGACCAUUUUGUGUCAGAGGAAGCAGCAUCUCUCUCUGGAACCUCCUAACAACGGAGCUCUGAAGCAGAAAGAGCAGGUCUUGGACAGAACCAGCUGGGCAAGGAACUCCUGGACAGGCUGGAAGGGCUCACACAGAGGGAAUCCAUGGCUGUUUCAUUGAUAGCACUGCUAUGAACACUCUCUGACCACCCGGAGGAGGAAAAACUCACCAUGGACCUGCGGAACAUUCCCUACCGCUCGGACGUGCUGACCUGGAACGCGGAUGACUUGGCAGAGUAUUUUAGGACGUUAAAGUAUAAGGACUGUGAGAAAGUCGUAAGAAAGCACAGCAUAAAUGGACCAAGGUUUCUGAACAUGUCUGAAAACGACAUUCAGAAAUUUCCCAAACUCAGAGUGCCAAUCGUAAGUAAAUUAAGUCAAGAAAUAAACAGAAAUGAAGGGAGGCUCUCUUUCCUUCCAAAAUGGGCCCAAACACAAAAAAGUCCUGAAAACCCAGGGUACGCUCAGGAUGAUGGGGGCUGGUCUUCAUUCGAGGAUGAUGAUGAUGAUGACUAUGAAAGCCCUGAUGAAGACCAGGAGAAGGAAGACGAGGCUGACUAUGAAUCCCCAACAGAAGAACCUGGGGAAGCAGAACAUGACAGUGAUGGCUACGAGCCCCCUCCAUCCAACAAUGAUGAAGCCCAUCACAAUGUCAUAUUUCCUGCCAAGUCACUUCCAAGCAACACUGAUUAUAUAGACAGACCUUCAACAACCAGAUCAUCACAUCAGCCUCCAGUGCCACCCCAGAGACCUGGCCCAUCCCCAGGACCAGCCCCAUUUGGGGCAAGAGGUGCUUCUCUGCCAGCUUUCCCUCCUCCACCAAGCAACAACGACCUGGGGAGAGACAGGAAUAUGAAGCCUUUGAAAUCCCCAGCUCCUUCUAUAGACAGAAGCACAAAGCCCUCCCUGGACCGUCUUGCUCCCCCAUUUGAAAGAGAGAGCCCAGCAGCAGGGAAGAAGCCAAGUGUUCCUGAAAAGCCUCUGGUUUCACAGCUAAGGUCCCUGGGGGAACAGCUGGCAAUGAUGCCCAAACCUCCUGUCCCACCAAGUGACAGAUAUGAAAGAGGAAACCCCCCUCCCUUAAGGAAGCAAAGCCCUGGAAAGCAGAGUUGGCCACCACACAAAAAAAAUGAAGAAGAAGAAGACACUGCACCCCCGAGAGCAGCAGUGCCACAGCUGUGCCUGCCCCCCUACAGCUCCAGCUCCCUCCUGGCCAAACCUCUCAAACCUCCACCCAAGCCAGGAUCCAACAGCCUGCCUGGGGCAGACAGUGCUAGAAACCUGUCUUCGACUGGCUCACUACCACCUCGCUUACAUCCAGGCAACAACAGCAGAUCCCCCUCAAGAGGCCCAGCUGAUGUGAGACCUCCACUGCCAAUUCCCGGCAGACAGACUGUCCACCAAACAAACCCGGAGGAAGACGAGGGCUCCCUGAACAACGAGUGGUACGUGGCCUUUGUGAGCCGGCCCGAGGCAGAGGCAGCUCUUCGGAAAAUCAACAAGGAUGGAACAUUCCUGGUGAGAGACAGCUCAAGGAAAACUGUCACUCACCCAUAUGUGCUGAUGGUGCUGUACAGGGACAAAGUGUACAACAUCCAGAUCCGUUACCAGGAGCAGGAGCACUUGUAUCUGUUAGGAACUGGCUUAAAAGGAAAAGAGGAUUUUUCUUCUGUGGCAGAUAUCAUUGACCACUUCCAAAGGACACCCCUUCUUCUGAUUGAUGGAAAAGACAGAGGUUCCAGAAACCAGUGCAUGUUAAAAUAUGCUGCAGGACAUAUUUAAAUAAGAUCUUAAUGAAGAUCACACAUUGUAUUGAAGCCUAGUGAAGUUUGUAAACUUGAAGAUACUUCCUUUUUCAGCAAACUAAAAUCAUGAAGUCAUUAAAAAUCAUUUCAUUUCAAGGAAAAAGGAUUAUGUUAUUUUUUAAUUAUGCCUUUAAAUGCAGUAUGCUUUAAAUGUGAUUUUCCUAUGAUGUGUUUGUUACUGUUCACUAAUCAUACAGUACCUGAGAAUUUUUUAUUUUCCAAGAUGUGUAUAUCCUCUUGAAAUUAUUUCCACACCAAAUUAGAGGAUCCAGGAAUAAAUAUGCAUACAAACCUCUGCUGUCAUAGGAGAAUAAAAACGUUAAGCUCUUUUUUUGGAUGAGAACUGCAGCAGCAAUUAUGUUACUUCAAGUGAUACGAGGUAGACCCAAACCUUGCCAAAGCUGAGGAGUGGACAAAAGACAAUAGAAGCGUAUUUAUUCCCCAAUAAAUCCAACCAUGUCCACUUCUGUGAAAAGGCUGUGGCUCCAGCCUGGAUCUGAAGGGCACACAGGUUUCAGUGACACCAAAAGUCUCUCCCACCCCAGAUGUGCAGGUGCCUGUUGGGGUUUGUGUCUGGGUUACUUGGGUGUGAAACUGGAUUUUUCACAGUUUUCUGGAGAACUUGUGCACCUGCAGACACCACUUUCUGCCACACCACUGAGGAUUCCAGGCUUUAUCCCACACACUGGAAUUAUGGAUCUCCUGGCAUCCUCUAACCUGACUCAGAACAAGCUUUUCCCCUGUAACACAGACCUUCCUUUGGUUGUGUCUUCCUGAUUAAAUCCAGCAACUGCUUUUUACUGGAAGCACAUCCACGAGUUUAUCACGUCAUCAUGUGAUUCCUGACUGGCAGAACACACCCAAAGCUCUUAGAAACCAUAAGCAGCAGCCUAAACUUAGUUCCUCUUACACCACUGCCCUCUGUUGUACUGUGUUUUUUAAAAAAAUAUAACAUUCUCAGAUCUAAAAUAUAACCUGCAACUGAUGACCAUUGAAGCACCAAGAGUUUUCCCCUCACCUUUGUUAAGUGGGAUUUAUCCAACUCCUUGCCUCAGUUUUCUGAUAACUUUUGUGUUCUGACAACCUUGGUUUGAUAUGGUAGAUUUGUCACAUGUUUUUUCCUUUAAAGCCAUUUGUGUCUUGAAACACUGGAACCGAAAUUCAAGGUAGACAAAUACUUCCCAUACAACCUGUAGAGUUUCUCAGACAUAACAAUCAGAUUUCACAAACAGUUUAAAUAGAUGUAUUUUGUAAAUGUUAUCUGCCUUUCUAAAAUAUUUAGAAUUCAAAGUUAGUGAAUUUCGUUUCCAUGCAGCCG